UUAAUCAGUAGCAUAGCGUUAUAAGCACAUGUCGGGAUCGCGAAAACAGCAAUUUUAGCGGUUUACUAUUACACUGCAGGGCGUAAACCAAAUUUAGAAGUUAAUCAAAUUUUUCAGAUAGAAUAAGUUCUGCCACGUUUUUGUGUUUAAUUUUAAUGCCUAAAAGUGAAAAUGAUGAUCAAACUAGUUACGAUUCUUGUUUUAGUUUGUUCUUGUUACGGCCAAAGUUAUCCAGCGCAUAACGACCAAGAUAACAUUGCAAAGCUGGCGUCCCGUGAUGGGUGGUUAUGGAACACAACCACAGAUUGUUCCCCUGCUUGCAGAACAAUCACUUGGGAAAAAACUGCUCAAGGCGGUAACGACGCUUUAAAAUUUACGGUGUCUGGCCCUAAUCUUGGAUAUGUGGCUGUAGCCAUUUCUACUGAUGAAGGAAUGGGUCCAGCAGACGACACUUAUAUUUGCACAUCCGUCAGCUCAACUGUCGUUGUUCACUCCGGCUAUUUGACCGCGGAAGUCCCGCCCGGCAUUACAACAACGCUUUCUUCAUCUGAUGUGACGUCAUCCAUUACGAAUGGUGUGAUUACGUGUUCGUUCUAUCGACCAAUGAGCGUCACGAAAUCCGUAGCCGGCAGUGACGUCACUUGGAACGUGAAUAAUCAAAAUUUUAACGUUCUAUACGCGGAGGGGGCGAUCUACGCCAAUCGGAGCAUCCAUUAUCAUUCACUACGAAAACACACACAUGGAGCAUUCAAUCUGCUGAAGCCUAAAGGUGACGCUUUUUUAGCACUAUGCGAUUAG